AUGACUCCCGAAAUUGUCAGCCUGAAGGCGAGGGAUAUCGCUAUCGGCGGUUCGAGUAUAUCCCUGAUAUCCAUCAUUUUAAUCGCUGUUGGAGGUGGUGCGAUGAUAUUGAGCGUGGUGGGUGUGACAUUUUAUGUUCUACAUGUACGACGCAAAAGGAGGAGAAGAAAUCUCAUUCCUCAAGCAAAAGCUGGUGAAUCAAUCUUGAUCAAAACGCCAAAGACCAGCAUAAAAGGUGUCGUUGAUGGUAAAGGUAUGACGCCUGCUAUGCGAAUGGCUGCUGAUGUUCGAAGAAUUUCAAACGAACAACAAAAUCAAUGGACUCAUCAUGAUUCAACAAGAUCGUCUGGCGAACGUGUAUCUGCUUAUCGCGAAAAUAUGAUCCCGCCUUCUGCACAUGCCAGGAUCAUGCACACCCUUCCUUCGACAUCUUCGCAAUACUCCUUCACAUCAUCUUCGGGACCCUACCCGCAUUCUUCCGAGGGAAUGUCGACUACUUACAGCUCAUACAGCCAACAAGCGGGAUCCUAUGCGUCAGUUGAAAUGCCGCCUUUGCCAGCUAAUAGCCACCAUAUGAUCCAAAAAGCGCAAUCGCAGCCCACACAGAAAGCACCUUCGGUCAAAUCGAUAAGGAUCAGUAGAAAGCCAAUCUAUCCUGACGGUGAAAUUCAGCAGGAAAUCCAGCAAGAAGUACAAUAUUUGCCGCAGCUUCCUCAGCCGGCAGCGUUGCAACAACGCCCCACUCCUUCUCUCAACACUGUUUUACCAGUUCCUCAAAGGUCACUUUCACCUAAUCCGGCUGCUUCGAUAGACGGUAGUGAAUCAUUUACGCCUGUUCUGGAUCUUGGUAUGGAAUUUGGUGGACAGAGGUCUAAUCAAGAGUCACCUUUCGAGGUAGACAAUAGUGUGAUGGAACAAUCUUCAUGGUUGGCAAGUGCUUUGGAUAGUGCUUUCAACAGCGAUGGACCUAGCUUUGAGGAACCUCCAAGACGGGCACCGCAGAUCCCGAAGCCUGUUGUGCAUGCACCUGCUGGACAUGCUUCGAAAGCUUCAAUUUCUUCCACAAAAUCGCAUUCCAAGAAAGCUUCCAAGUCAUCACGACCUCCUCCACCAGCCACUGGACCUCCAAAAAAGCAUGAAAAGCCUACCACUGGAGGACCUUCUAGGGUCACGGUAGAUUAUUAUACACCUUACAGCAGAAGAACUCUUUACCAAGAAAGCGCAAACGAAGUUCGUCAACAGACAGAAGAAAAGGUUGAAGUUUUGGCUCCUGCUGAAGUCCUACCCUCCGAUCAAACACAUGAGACUGGAGCUGGGCGGGCAAGUGUCGAAUCUGCAGUUCGUGCAGCUGCAUUGUUUUCAUCAAUGGAACCUGUCUUGCGAAGCAAUGAAAAUUCGUUGGAUCUUUCCCUUGAUCGAUCCAGUUUCUCGCAGGCUGACCACGGGGGUAGCUUCUCGGCCGUUCAAGAUGGUAAUUCAACGAUCCAUACCAGUGUAGUUGAUGGUGAUCAGAGCAGAAGAUCAGGUUCAUCUGAAGGACACAAAAUGCCAGUCCCAACAAUGACAUUCGAUCAUACUACCGAACAAGAGAUGUUCCCCUCAGAUCUGCGUUCGAAUUCGAUGAAGGACAGACAACCGUUCUCAAGGAAUUUACCCGCUCUUCAAAUUCCAAGUGAUUUGAUCGAUGAAUGUCAAGCUGCAAUCUCUUCUGAUGACAAGAAUGUUCCUUUGAUGAACACAUUUGACAAUACCGGACUUCAAAAGACCAUCAGCAACAAGCCAAGCUUUGCAUCGAAUUUACGUGCAAAACUUUCCAUGUCACGGUCAAAAUCAUCCAACAGUGCAGCAAGCAGUGGUGGACGUGUCUCUCCUAAUGCAACACAAGUAGAAGAAACCGGUCUUGUUGCAUCUCGAAGCCCUCAAUUGGGUGCAAUUCCUGGUGUGAGCCCUGCAUUGUCUAGCAAUUCUUUCAUGGACGGUACACCUAAUUCAUUUGUUGGUCCUACUGAAACAUGGAACUUGUCAACGGAUGAUAUUGAGAUGCCUCAAUUCGUUCAACGGUCUUCUAGCUCGAUUGAAGCAGAAAGAAGCUCACCGAUCAAUCCUGGUCUUGGUCUUCAAAGCGGAAGUCAAAAGACGGUUGAUGUGCUUAGAUCUAGUAAUAGUCUCAAACGAAAGGGCUCAAAUGCAUCAAAACGGUCGUUGAAGCAAAAAGCAAUGAUCAACAGAAAUACACAACGCGAAUCAGCAUUUUCCCUAGAACGAAACAAUUCAACAUCUUCUUAUGGAUCUUCUUCACAAAGUCAUGAAUUCAACCGAGCCUUCCCUUGGUCGAGAAUGCAAGGACCAUCAUCAACGAAGCAAAACGAUACGUAUGAUGUGAUUGAAGAAGAACAUCGUCAGAGUAACAAUUCUUCGCCCAGAUUUGCCGAUGCUGAACCAUCAUCUUCGACAAGUGCUGAUUCGGUUGGAUAUAAUUUGAUCGCUGCUUCUUCGAUGGAUCAUACUACGAAUGCAAUCCAAUCGAUCCAAGCACAUGAUCAAGGUCAACAACAAAAGUGGUUGAACUUGAACAGGGAUGUUCAACGUGAUUCAAUUGCAAGUAGCUACUGCGAUACAAUCUUGUCUAGUGAUAAUGGUGAUGCAGAGUCUGCUUUCGAUUAUGAGAACGCACAAGACCAGAGAGCCAAGCUUUUACAGAGUAUCCAAAAGAGAAAUCAGGCUAAACAAGCGUUAACGGGUCAUGGAAGAUCUUCGAGUAGACAAAUGGCUAACAAACAAUCUAUUCGGGAAGAGCUGGAAGAACAACAAGGCGGGUUCACUAGCCACAGCGCUAGAUUGAGCAUUGAUGUAGGUCAAAAUGCCUCUCUUACAAAGACCAAGUCUGGAAAUGAGCUGCAAGCUCUCAACAUUGAUAUGGGAGAAUCCUUCUUAGGCGGACACGGUAUCCUCACUCCGCCUUUGACCCCGUACGAAAAGACGAUUGCUUUGCCUGAGUUGGAAGUCGAAGUUAAACAGAAAAUGAUUCCCGAUCAUGCAAGAAUCAAGAAGCAACCUACUCUUACACCCGAGGAACGACAAGCUGAACGGUUAUCGAAGCUAAGGCCGUUGAGUUUGGCCGCUAACCAAGCUUCCCACACCAGCGGGGCUGGAGUUCCUGUGUCACCUUUACCGCACUUGAACCAAUCUUCCCAUCGACCCAAUGCUUCUAGAAGCAGUAGCGCAUUCGGCCUCAGUCCUUCAACAAGUUAUGGAUCGGCAUUCGGUACCGGCUUGCAGUUGUCUUCAAUCAGUUAUACAACUUCGCCUACCCGACCACUCUUUUCUACAGCAAACAAGCGAGUUUCACGAGCAAGCAGUGCAACAGGAUCGAUCAAUCAUCAUCACGGACCGAUGGGUGUUGCCCGAUCAGCUGGAUUAUCUACGCAAGUAUCACAUGCAUCCCCAAGUUCGAUCUUGAUCAAUUCGUUGCCAGGUUUGCCGGAUGUUGAAAAUGAUUCACAAGCUUCAACACCAAAGGUAUCGUCAUUUGCUGCAGCUCAAGCGCUACGUGCAAGGUCAAGGCUAUCUUCUUCUUCUAAUGCACAAUUGAGCCUUACACCUUCGAUGAUCAAUGCUGCUCAACAAUCAUGGUUGUCGGCUGCCAAUAACAGAGAUGGCAAUGCUACUUCUGGUAUGAGUGUUCAUCGUUUAUCGGGCUCUAGCUUUGCAAGUAAUACCAGUCUUUUGAAUCGGUUCCCUAUCACAGCCAAUGCACCUAUGGUGUAG